UGCACCAUAUUAUGCUGGUAAUUUGUUUAAUAUCUUCUUAAUGUGCAAAAAGAUGCUGUCAGUUGCCAGACGGAGAGCUGAAAGAUGUGCCUGCUUCUCACAGGUGGUGAGUGUAAAUGCAAACACACUAUCUCAGCAUAUCUGUCCCUGGAGGAGUACUUUGCAUUCCUUUUUAGUAAAGGCUUCACCGUUAACACAUCCAUCUCUCCAGUGGAAAUAUUGCCAUUCAUACUGGGGCAAUUACAAAGAAGAAAAAGCUGGGCUAUUUCAUGCGCUCUAGAGAGGGACACAUGAAACAUAGAUUAAGUAAUCUCUGUGUCUGUGAACAAAGGUCUGGAACCUGAAAGGUAAGUCUGCGGAAGAGCAUAUAAAACAGGCACCAGAAUUUGUAUUCCAGGAGCUCUGAAGUUGUAUAAGUCAUGGUAUUAAACUGCCUGGUUUUGCUCAGACAUGAGAACUUCUAUACAAAUGCCACCUCAAAAAAAACCCCAAAAAACCAAAAAAGAAGCCAAGUGCUGUUAAACCCACUCAUGUUGUUGGAAAAACCCAAAAAGUGUGUAUGUAAUUAGAACCAUGUUUUGCCCCAUAAAAUCUUAUUUUUGUUACCUCCUGAAAUAUACCAGUGUCAAUAUUGCUCAGAUCCUGUGUUUCUAGGGAAAUACUCAUGCCAUAUGCUGGAAAGUUACUGAAUUUUGUGAGUAAUUUUUUCAGUAGCAUUUUCAUUUGCUGUUUUUCAUAUGUUAAAUUCUUGUACUUGUUCUUCUGCGGAGGUCUGCAGGUAAACAUAAUACAGUUCAAAAGCACUUGAAGUGUACAUGAUACACUCCUGUUCAGUUGCCAGAAGAUCUGACAACUGAUGGCAUCCUUUUGUACACUAAGAAGAUAUUAAACAAAUUACCAGCAUAAUUUGGUGUAGAUUGUGGGUUUAAUCCUUUCAAGUGAAACAUCGACUAAGUUUAUCCAGUCAGCUAACACUUAAGAUUUCUUUUCUCUCUUCAACUGACUGCUUAAUCAUGCUAAUCUUAUGAUAUGGUUGACUUGACAAUAAAUAAAUUAAGAUCAGAUCAGUUCAAGUGAAUUACAGAUGGUUUAAGAUUUCUGGACUGAAAAAUGAAAUAAAUCCACAUUUUCAGUUCCUUGGACAAAUCUCUAGUUUGCACUACCUUAGAUCACCUUAUAGAUGCCUCUUUAGACACUCUAUAAUUGCAGGUGACCGACAUUCCUGCAAGGGAUAGCGUAGGAUAGCUAUCUAAUAUUAAACCAAAAAUCAUUAUGGCAUUAUCUUUUAACUACGCAAAACCUUCUGCAUCUUCCAACACCAUGCAGAGAGCAGGAUUGUCCUCUAGGUUUUACUCUUAAAAAAUCUCCAUGUUUUUAUCAAUAUGAUGUGAGGAAAAAAAUUACAGUAUUUAGGCAUAAAAUAUCCUCUACUAUAUAUAGCUAAUACUUGCUAUGUUACUACUCCAUGGCUAAGACCAUUCUGGAAAAACAGAACUCAUCUUGCAUAGGAAAUAACCUCUCUUACUUUUUUCUCCAGGGGAAGGUAACCAGGCUAGAAAAGUCCCCUUCUGUGGAGGGCUGUGCAGAGGGGAGCCUUGUCAGUGCCCUUAGGUGGCUCUGUGCUGAGGGGAAUGGAACAUUCCAGCCCAGGGAGCAAAUGUGAGCCAGCAUUUUCAUCUGCACAACUUGGCGAGGCAAGGCAAGAUUUUUUUAUUGCAGUGGUGACUCAGGCCUAACUUAUGCACUUGGAAAUUGAAUGUUUUUUAUUUAUUGGUUGCCCAAAAUGAGAGCAUGCCAGGGCUGCAGAAAUGGUGGAAGUUCAUAAGUACGCUGGUGUGCCAAGUACAGAGUGCCUGGUGCUGGAGGAGCAGGGAAAUACCUUAUGUUUUUUCACUUGCAUGUGCAAAAUAAGUGAAUGUUUUCAGAUCAUGGCAAUGUUACUGUAUUUGGACUCCUGUUCUCUGAUCUGUGGCAUGAGGACAGCACAAACAUCUGCUGAAGCAUUUAUGAUGGAUUAUAGGGUGUUAGAGUAACAGGAAUAGCACGAGAACAUAUCAAAUGAAACUAUUCAUUAUCAACAUUAGGGCUAGAUCAGACUGAGUAUGAUCUAUGACCACAUACUGAGUAAGAAAAAUACAAAUGCAUGUUGAAUAAACAGUGCCAGCUGGUCUUAAUAAUUUGUGGAAAAAUAGUAUUCUGUCAAACAUAUAUAUACAGGAUUAAUCUAAACCAAGGAUCAACAGGCAGUUUACAUUUUUGAGUUCCCUUAGACAUUUCUUUCCUUUGAAAGCUUUUCAGUUCUGUUAAUGUGUUUUGAUUGAGUAAAUAUGUACAGGGUUUUUCAGAUAAUGUAGUAUGAAUUACAGCCAGAAUUAAUUGCGGCCUUUCCCAUGCUUUCAAUUCAAAGUCUAUAUAUAACCUGACUUGGUUGUUCAGCACCCUCUAGAGUAAGCAGAAGUUCCAGCAGCCUGUCCUUUCAUUCUAGCUAAAGUAAUGCGCUCCUCUUUUUGCCAUAUUGUUGGAUUUUCUGAUACUCUGAACCUUUAAAAAUAUUAUGGAAGUAUUGACACGUGAUAAAUUAUUAAAAAAGUGUUCAUAUUAUAAAAACAUUCCUUAAGGUACUUUCACAUAAAAACCUUACUUCAGAACCAAUUGUUACCUGGCAACCAGGGACAAUAUUCCUACGGAAGUGUAAUUUAACAAGCCUGGGGCUGAUGCUUUACCUACUGUAAUUGCAAAGGGAGUCUCUGGAAGAAGAGCUGCAAAGUUUAGCCAGUUCUUGUUUAGCAAUUUUGUAAUUUAGUAAUCUUGUUUAGUAAUUGUUUACAUGAGGGUGGGUCAGCUCCUCUGCCUCUCUCACAGAUCCUCCACAGUGCUCUCUAUUGUCUAUCUGUCUUCUCUUUACAAUUUUCUGUCUUUUUACACUGGUGCUUUAUAUCUUGGAUUCUUGAGUUGCUGCUCAUUCCUCUAUCAAUAAUGUCACUUCUUUCUGCAAUUUUACUUUUAUUAUUUUGCAUAGUUCUCACAAUUUAAUGAGGUUUUCAGUAGUCUGAGCUAAAUGCAUGCAGCUCAAGCCUAGCCCUUGGGUCACAGACAGCUCAGUCCAGAGGAGAUUAAUAACAAAUGAUGAGAGCCCCCCGGUGUUUCCCCCUGCCCCAGCCUGCUCUGAUCUUACACUUCAGGCCAGCACAGUGCUCCAUCCCAGCUGAGCUCUCCCAGGCAGGCUGUGCCAGUGCUGUGAAAGGCAACACCAUCUCACAGAGCUGCCCGUGCUCAUCCAGGUGUAAUUCCAGCGUCCUCCCAGAGCAUGUCCGGGCUGCUUUGUUGCUGUUGCUGAAACACCAGAAUUUGCUGCAGCAAGGACCCAACAAACAGCAGCACACCAAUAGCUCCUAGUGGGAAGCUGAGGGUUAUGGAAGUUAGUUUUCUGUUUCUAUGGCAGUAAAUUUUGUCUUUUAAAGAGUGGCAAUAAACUGCCAAGAAAAGGGCACCAUUUCCCUCUCAGUUUACACUGUUAAUUCAUUAUUCAUCAUACAGAAUUAGAGAGCUUAACUGAAGGUCUCUGAGAGAAGUUUCAAGCAGGACACCAUAGAAGUUCAGUAGCUAAGAUGCUGUUGAUUCUUUAAAAUUGAGGUAUAACUCAGCCUAAAAAAAAGCAGUUUGACAGAUUUUUUUUUUUUCCCCAAAGCAUGGUAAUUUGUUUGCAAGAACAAUAUAAGAAGAAUUGAACAUGGGCUCGAUGUCUGGAAGCUACACUUGAUACAGAGCUUUUUAUUAUUCUCAUUACUAAUGUCAUAAUAUGUUUGCUGCUGCAACCAAAAACUUCGUUAAACAGGUUGGUGAUGGAGGAAGAUUAGUUCCAGUGCCCAGCCUCAGUGAAGCUGACAGAUACCAACCUCUGAGCCUUGUGAUUAAAAAAAGAAAAUGUUCGCUUUCAAAAAAAUCUAAAUUUGCUUCAACACCUUUCACAUUAAAAGACAUUCUUCAAGGGGAGAAAGAAAUUUCUGCAGGUGUCUCGUCUUACCAGUUGCUCAACUAUGAAGACAAAUCAGAUGUUUCUCUUAAUGGCAGAAAAGGCAAUCAGAUAAUGAAUGAUGUUGGUUUUGAUGUUGCUGGAUCAGAUUCUAUUGCCUUUAAAGCUUCAUUUGGCAUAGUGACCAAACACGAAGUUGAAGUACCAACAUUACUGAAAGAACUUACUACAAGAAAAAUAAACUUUGAUCAUUGUCUAGUCCAUCAAUCAAGAAAAAGUAGGAUGGAAAUUUUGUGUGUGGUCGUGGAAAGUAUUCGAACUACAAGGCAGUGCUCAUUAACUGUCCAUACUGGAAUGCGUGGAGAGACAAUGAGGUUUCACAUAAUUGAAGAUCAGAAUUAUAAAGGGCGGGACAAAGCCAUUGUUUUUCCUGCACAUACAACUAUUGCUUUUAGUGUAUUUGAACUCUACAUCCAUUUGGAUGGUAAUUUCGAACUCUGUGUGACUCCAAUUGCAAAAGGAGGAUUUGAAAGAGAGAAAUCUGGAUCAUCUUCACUGACCAAAUUCAGGAGAUUAAAGAAUAAUCUGUUUCAUCGAAAUAAAGGAGUAGUGGAAAUCGUUGCUGACUCUGAUCCUUACUUGGAGGACCUUUUUGCAGAUUAUUAUGAAAAAGCUGCAAGCAUGACUGAUCUCUCUACAAGCUAUCUCAGAGAUGGUUCUCAUAUCCGAAUUAAUUUACUCAACAACGACAUCCCGAAAGGCCCCUGUGUCCUUUGUGGAAUGGGAAGUUCAAAAAGGGAGACAGUCUAUGGAUGCCUGGAGUGUUCUUUUAAUGGACAGAAGUAUGUACGACUGCAUGCUGUGCCCUGUUUUGACCUCUGGCAUAAGAGAAUGAAGUAACUGAACUGGGUAAGUGCCUGUUAUCACAGACAUGGGCAUAACUGUGCCACAAACUUUUCAGAGUUAGUAAAUAUAUCUCCAAUUGUGAAAUGCAAAACAGUGAAAGUGCAAAACAUUUUAUUACGCUGUUAUGUUCAAAUUCUGUGCUUCACAGUCAACGACCUCUGCUUUAAAAUGCACAUGAAUUUCCUGACAUUCCUGUUUUUCCUAGAACCUUCUCAUUAUCAUAAUGAAAAACAUACUUUUAAAUAGUAUUUUCAUAAUGUCAAAAUAUAUGCUAGAACUUAAAAGUUGUUUACACAAACUUGUUGUUAAACCCCAAAAUGUUGCCUUUCUCUACACUGGCAUAUGACGGUUAAAUGAGAAUAUUUGUUAAUAAUUUAGUGUUCUCAUGAAUGUUUAAUUGAAGUAUCAGAUUAAAAAACAUGCUAAAACUUAGCUCAGUCUAAUGUUUCAGUUACAAAAGGGAACAACUGGAACUAUGGAUGGGAGCUUCAUAUUAGGGCACUGUUGCUGAAUAUCAAGUCUGUUUAAUUAUGAAAAAGUACCAGCCCGUCUACCUGCUGCAGUUGGAUUCUGUGUCACAGCUGCUCUUGACUUU